AUGUCUUUUCUGUGGGUUUGCGGUUGGGUUUCCCUUUCGAAUGGGUUGAAUGUGGUAGUUGUCUUGUCCGGCGGUUGCGCAGCGUACUGGAAGCCAAUCAACGCUGUAAAUUGGCCUGUGCACCUUGUUCCCCAGUUCGCUGGCAAAACUGCAAGGGCGAAGUUGCGUCGGACGGAAAACGAAACGCUGGCCGGCAUUCAUUCGAAUGGCAUCAUAACAAAUCAGAGCGGAUACCCACCCUACCGAUAA